AUGCUGGCGAUUCCGUACCAUCGUGAUCGUCGGGUGUCUGUCAGCGGCGAAUCCAUGCAACCCCAUCUCACCGGUGUCCAGAAAAUCGUUAUUCCCAAAAGUGAUGAACAACGUGCACGGAUCCGCACCGCUACCAAUGGUCAUUUCUUAUUCAAACAUUUGAACGAAGACCAAUAUCGAGACGUGGUUAAUGCGAUGGCCGAAAAAAAGGUGUCUGCUGGAACCCACGUUAUUGAUCAGGGAGACGAAGGCGAUUAUUUCUACGCUGUAGAAUCCGGCUGCUUCGAUUGUUACGUGAACGAUGAACUUGUGACAGAGUACGAUAACAAGGGCAGUUUUGGCGAACUUGCAUUAAUGUACAAUGCGCCUCGUGCUGCCACCAUUGUUGCGAAAACCGACGGUGUUUUAUGGGCUCUUGAUCGACACACAUUCCGCACCAUUCUCAUGAAUGAUACAGCUCGUAAACGGCACAUGUACGACGAAUUCCUGAAAGAGGUGCCCAUUCUGAAAUCGCUUCGUGAAGAAGAGCGACACAAGAUUGCCGAUUCCUUGGAAACGGUCUCAUUCAAAGAUCAACAAGUGGUUGUCCAUCAGAACGAAGUGGGUGAAAACUUUUAUCUCAUCGUUGAUGGUGAAGCGUUGGUGUAUAAAUCGUCCGAUGACGGUUCACCACCGCGCAAGGUAAAUCGCUUGGGCAAAAGUGAUUACUUUGGCGAGCUGGCUUUGCUCAACGAUAAACCGCGAGCGGCCACGAUUGUCGCUCAGAAGCAUUUGAAAUGUGCGACACUGGAUAAAAAUGCAUUCACCCGACUCUUGGGUCCUGUAGUGGAUAUUCUUCGCCGUAACUCUGUAAACUAUCAACACAUUUUAAAUUUAGCAGCUGAAGAAAAGUAA